AUGAGCCAACUCCAUUUCUACAAAUUCUAUUUGCAGUUCAAACACCUCAGAAGAGUGUUCCGGCAUAAAUUCAUACUAAGACCUUCUGCCAACCUCCUGGUCAGCCUGUGUGGAGAAGGAAGGAGCCCCAAACCUCCCAACCCUGCACAAGGUGUGUCUUCCACUCCUAAAAACUCAGACUUGCAGUGUGAUCCCAUCAUUCGGAAAUACGGAGAAACAAAGCGAGGCCUCACUGGCUACACCUUAACUUUGGAAGAGCAGAAGAAAAAUGACUAUCCCAUGAGAGGCUCCCCAGGAUGUAAGGGCUAUAUCUAUACAGAGUGUGAUCAGCAGAGGACAGACAGCAGCCCCCUCUUUGGUCUGGAUUGUGAAAUGUGCCUGACUGCAAAAGGGAACGAAGUGACUCGAGUCUCUCUGGUGGAUGCACAGGGCCAGUGCCUCUUGAAUGAACUAGUCAAGCCUGAAAGCACAGUAGUGAACUACCGCACCAGAUUCUCAGGAAUCACAAAGAAAAUGCUUCUUCCAGUGAAAACAAGACUCCCAGACAUCCAAACCAGACUAAAAAAAAUGCUUCCCCAUGAUGCUGUAUUGGUGGGUCAUUCUUUAAAUGCUGAUCUUCAGGCUUUGGAAAUGAUCCACCCCAGUGUUAUUGAUACUUCAUUGCUUUUUGCCAGAAAUGAAGGUCGACGAUUUAAGCUAAAAUUUCUAGCCAAAGCUGUUUUAGGGAAAGAGAUUCAGUCUGAACAGAGGCUUGGGCAUGAUCCUGCAGAAGAUGCUAGAGCUGCAUUGGAAUUGGCUCAAUUCUUUAUUGAGCAAGGACCAGUAAAGGUAGCAGAACUAAACUUGGAGAUGCUUUUGACAACUGAAAAACUGGCUGAGGUCUCACAGAAGAAAGCUGCAUUACAGUCACAAAGAUGUAGGGUUCAGAAAGAGUUGAAUGAGCCUCCACCUUUAUCCAAACCAUGUUUUUUAGACUGCUUGCAGGUGGCUGGCCAGAAACCCCUCCUUUUGGGCAGACAGGAACUAGAUUCUUCUGGCCUGUGUCAGAGUAACCUGAGCACUUCAAACAAACAGAUUCUUCAGAAAGCCUUAGAAGAUGUUCCCCUGUCCACAUUCAGUGUCAUUGAGUUCAGUUUGGAUCCAGAGUAUGUUGCAUCGCACCUCCUUGCUGGACUUUGUGCAAAGGUGAGAAGCAAGCUGACUGACAUGCUGACAAUUUACGCAGGUCCUUUUGAAGAAAGCUUUUGCCUGAAGACUGUGAGAAGAGAAUUUGGAAGGUGUGGACCAAUCCAAUCUCUUACAGUGGUAACUGACACAUACCAGCCCUAUGUCUGUAUCCAGUAUGAAGUGCUGGAAGCUGCCCAGCUUGCUGUGGAAAGCCUCAAUGGAGCUGAGGUGGCAGGAUCUUGCAUUAAGGUCCAGAGACCUGUCACUGCAGCAACGCUGGACUGUGAUGUUUUGAUAAAGGAACUAGAACUGGAUGUAGAAAACGAAGGUGUGAUUUAUGUGGCAGGGCUAAAGAAGUCAUUAACAGAGACAGACUUGCAAGAAGAAUUCAGCCAGUUGGAGGAUCUGGAAACACUGUUCCUGCCAAAAGAUCUCAAGAGUGGAAAGCAUAGGAACUGCUGUUUCCUCAAAUUCCCGAAAUGGCAGAGUGCUGUGGAUGCCCUGGAAGUCAUAAAUGGCUGGACUGUGAAGGGAAACAAACUCAGAAGUAGGAAAGCUCUUGCUUCAGGUCAUCUCUGGAGGUGGAUUUGGCAAAUGAAUCACAGCAACGGGAAGCAAGGAAGACACAUCUUACAUGAGAAGAUGGAGCAACUGUCUGAUAUUGAGCAGGAUCUAAGGAAACAGGUGAAGAAGUUGGACCACCAUAUCAAAAAGCUUUACAGAAGUCUGCAGAAUAACACCCUGUGCAUUGUUCUCUUUCCAGGAGUGAACAGCAUACAUGGAUCACAGUCUGGCCUUGGUCUGAUGGGAAUAAAAGCUGACAGAGGGAGGAGUGCUUGCUGAACUGCCAAGUUUUUAAGCAAAGUCUUUUGUUAAGCUAUUUUUAAAUACUUAAAAAUAUUGAUGUCUUUGUAAAGAUCUCUUACCAUAAGAACAAUGGGCUUUCACACUGUAUCUUUGACAAAGGCUAAAAAUAAAAAGCUAUUCAAAACAUUUUAAA